AUGCGAGGCUCGCAGCCUGUUGUCACGAUCUCGGAGGUUUUCCAGUCCUACGAGGAAGACUACAAGCAGUUGAUGCAGCAGCUGCGCACCCUGGCAUCCGUAGUUGAAGGCGCCCACCCGCCGCAGGAGCGCUUUGCCGCGGGGCAAGAGAUGCUUGAGGCACAGGAGCGCGCAACACAGGCCUUUCAGCAAAUGGAGUUCGAGGUGAAGUCCAUGGGCUCGCUUGGCGCGGCCCUGUCUGGGAAACUGAAGGAGUACAAGCAGGAGUUGCUGGCCGGCAGGACCUUGGUUCGCAGCGUGCAAGCGCGGCUGAACCGGGAAGGCUUGCUGCGCGGCUCGGCGAACCCUGAUGAGAAGGCGCAGCGAGAUUCGGCACAGCGGCUGAGGGCCGGUGCACGCCGCCUGGAGGACUCCCGACGGACGGCUUUGGAGGCCGAGAGCAUUGGCAUGGACGUGAUGUCAGAGCUCACCGACCAGCGGGAUGCACUGAAGCGGACGAAGGGCCAUCUGCAUGACGUCGACGAUCACCUUGGUACCUCCAAGAUGUUCUUGUCGAUGAUGUCCCGCCGCAUGCAGGGCAAUCAGGCCAUGGUGUGGUGCUUGGCGAUCGUCCUGUUCGUAAUUCUUGUUUUCUUGAUCUACUUGAAGCUGCAGAAGCUCCUGGCUGUUUUUAGAUAG